GUCCCUCUGCAGUCCAAAAUCACAGUGCAAAGAGCUCGCUCGCUCAAGCCGCUAUGGGGGGAGCGGGCGUUUCUCCGCCGCCGGAGGAGAGCACGGGGAUCGAGAAAGAGAACCCAUACGCUGGAAUGUCUCAAAAAGAGUGCUCGGAGAGGAUCAACAAGAGCCUCAAGCAUCCGACGGUGAAGUUCUUGAGGGAGAACAUGGAGAAGGCUGGUUGCCCUUUUUGGGUCCGCCUUAUUCGUGCCGCAAAUUGCAAGAAUCAAAGCUUGGGUGGUGGUUAUUCUAGUAGAAAUGGGAUAUCAGUAUGUUGUAAUCACAUGACUUACCAAGAUGAGAUCGACCAAGUUCUGAUUCACGAGCUAAUACUUGCUUAUGAUGAUUGUCGUGCAAAGAAUAUGGACUGGAAAAAUUGUGCUCAUCAUGCUUGCUCUGAGAUUAGAGCUAACCAUCUUAGUGGGGACUGUCAUUACAAACGGGAGUUGCUGCGAGGCUUCAUGAAAAUUCGAGGUCAUGAACAGGAAUGCGUAAAGAGGCGAGCUCUCAAAUCAGUCAAGAACAAUCCUCAUUGCUCAGAGGCAGCUGCAAAAGACGCCAUUGAAUCCGUGUGGGAUAUCUGUUACAAUGAUACUCGUCCCUUUGACAGAGCUCCAUAAACUGUGCUCUGAUGAUCGAUACAUUUUGAUAAUUUUAAGACAAAAGAAUUCUUUUUCUCCGAUGAAGUAAAGGGGGAGGCACCCUUUGGGUGUACAUGAGCUCACUUAACUGGUUCCCACCAUUUUCUGACUUGCCAACCAAUGCUACCGCAACACCAUCUCUUAUAUUUCUAAGCAUCUGUGGAAGAUGCUUGGUAUACGAGAAAUAUUGUUUUUUCCUUGAAAUUUUCAAGAGAAAUCUUAUUCAAUAUAAGGCAAUGGUGAAAUUCUAUGUAGUGACAUGCUACAUAAGUUUUAUUUUUUGUUCUGUCUUAA